GUCGCCGCUGAACAUUGAAGCGCAUCACAUCGUCGUUGAAGUCCUUCAUUCUGAGAGAUCAUUUCUGAGUCCUGGUGGUUAAAACUGUUGUGUCUAGGAUACGCGAUACUUAUCCUACAAUUUGGUGAUAUUCCAAAUAUGACGAUUAAGUUUAGUGGCCAACGUAAUUUCACAUCCCCGAUGCUUCGUUCUGUGAUCUUAUUGGUGUAUGUCGCAUGGCAUGUAGCUGCCGUGGAUGCAUUUGAUGUGCUGUUUGGAUAUAAUAAGAGUGAAUAUUGGAACAUUCCGCAACUGCAGGUGUACGAUAGUAUUGAGCAGUGUCUCCACAACAAACCGGCCGGUGUAUUCUGUAUCGCGAAGGUUCUAAUCAAACCGGACAGCCGUUCCGAAAUAUGGAAACUUAUUAAAAAAUACUCCAAAUACACGUUCCAGUACAAUCACGAUGUGCUUACGCGUGGCGUGUGUCUUGAACAGUGUUCCCGCGUGUUGGAAACAUUAGGCUCGAUGGCAGACAGAUAUUACGAGCCAAAGUUUAACGUGUCGAAACGGUACAUAAUAUCGGAUUGGUUGCUUCCUAAUGUAACCCAUUACCGUCAAACCUAUGGUCACCUAAUCAAUGUGUGCCAAAAUUACGACCUUCGAACACAUUAUAACCUUAGUGGAUAUGCUGAAAUAGAAGAAUGUACUACCAAUGAUAAUUGGCAACGUCCAAUGGAUAUUCUUGAUAUUUCUUACAUCACACUGCUUGUGGUGCUGCUUCUGCUGGUGAUCGGUUCACAGUGCUACGAUAGUUGGCUUGCGCGAAACUCCACCGAUGAGAAUCACUACGGAAAGACGCUCAAAAGCCGUGUGGCAACUCUGGUGACUGCAUUUUCGAUCCGCAGAAAUUGGAUGCGGUUAACGUACAAGGCUACACACACCCAGUAUCAGCAGGAUUUGAAUUUUCUCGAUCAGGUACGCGUCCUGACGAUGAGCAUGAUACUGCUGAUGCACGUGUUUAUCGGCAUGGCUAUGUUUACUGCCCAGAACCCAUUGGCGAUGGAGCAGUUUUCAGCCCAUCCACUGGCACAGAUGUUUUUCUCCACAGCCCCAUUUCAAGUAGAUAUGUUCUUUUGCAUCAGUGGGCUUCUGCUGGUGGUGCAGUUUCUAGACCACACGGAAAAUAAACGGUUCCGCAUCAGCAUACUAUGGCAAGGUUUAAUUAAUCGUUAUCUAAGAUCACUUCCAGUGUACGCCGUAUUGAUGCUAUUCACGGUAUCACGCUACGACACUUUCCUGACGACUCCAGCCGCUUACAAAAUUAUGCCCAAAGUACGGCUAAUUUGUCGCCGAAAGUGGUGGAUCAACUUCCUGUACAUCAACAACUACUACCAGCCCGAGGAACAGUGUCUGAUACACACCUGGUAUUUGGCUGCUGACUUUCAACUGUUCGUUGUAGGUUUGAUGGUGAUGACCUUACUGUGGCGGUUUCCGAAAGCUACCUUCUGGACAGCAGUUUCACUGAGCGUUGCAGGUUUCGUCCUGCCCAUGAUCAACACGUACGUGUACGCUAUGGAUGCAAUGAUGCCACUGACUAUGAAAGGAAACGAAUAUCAACUGUGGUAUGAUGAGUAUUUCGUCAAAUCAUACCAAGCAACGGAAACGCACUGUUGCAGUUACUUUGCCGGCAUGAUUGCAGGGUUACUGUACUAUAAGAUCAAACGCAAAGAGUUGACACUUCCGAUCGCUACGAUAAGAAAUGUGUUUACCUUGGCGUUCAUAUCGAUCAUCGGUUUUGCUCUGCAGGCACCGCUCUACAACAUGAUGCAGUUCAAGAAACCUUCCGUCUGGAUGGCAAUUCUAUCGGGGGUGCAUAAACUAUCCAUAGGUUCGUUCUAUUCGAUGGCAUUGCUCUUGCUUACUUUCAGCAAUCGAAAGUCAGCCCUUCGUCGAUGGUUUAGUGGGAACACUCUUAGCCGUGUAAUGGCUCGACUCGGUUUUGCAUUCUAUCUCGUGCAGAUGUCGGUACUAAAGAUAGUCUUCGGUAACUACCCAGAGGAUACACGGAUCAAUGUUCAACUGAUUAUUUCAACGUUUUGCUCAACAUUCAUCUUAUCAUACGCAAUUGCACUAGUAGCAUUCAUCUUCAUCGAGAAACCGUUUGAUGUUCUCUUCAAGCUGUUAUUAAGUUCUUCCGAUAAACAACGUAAGACUGAGCCAGUAACAGCGGUUCAAUCGAGUAACAUUUCCGUGAUAUCUUCCGUAAUGGGUCCCGGUACAAUGAAACAGAACGAAAAACCCAUAAAAAAUGGUUCCACCAUACAGCGGGCAACAGAAUAGAUUGUAUUACUUGCUUAAUAUUAUAGAAAAUCCAUUGAUAAGGAGAUUUUUAUAACUAUUUGCAGCCAUCUUACUAAAGAGAUUUUUGAAUAGAAAUUUCACAAUUGGAGAGUGCUGUCACUGUAAUUUGAUUGACAAGAUACCAUCCUUCAUUUAUUUUCUCUUUGCAUCUGUAAAAGAUCCUGUAGAUAAGAAGCCCACAAAGUGCAUUAGAAUAAUUGUAAGAGGUUAAUAUUGUAACAAACUGAUGGAGACUUAUUUGAUGAUAACAGUUUGUUCCGAUAACCAUCUUCAUGAUCAGCUUCUUUAUUCUGUUUUUAAGGAAUUUUGGUUCGUUUCCUUGUUAAAUUGUUGAGGUUUGGUUGCUCCUGUAAAAGUUGAAGUUACAAAUGUUAAAACAGUUGCUGCUAAAUUCAAAUACUGUAUAAACAGUGAUUUUCUUACCAAACAUUCGUUUAAAAAUGGCCGCUGCUGGUAGUUCAACCAUCAAUGCUAGUACAAGUGCAAUAGCGUAGCAAACGAUCCACGUAUAGGCGACAGAUUUAAACUGUAAAAAGAAGCAGCAGCAAAAUUGUGUAAGAAGUAUAUAAACGUACCUAGCUGUUUCAUUGGGCGCUAGUCUUACGAAAAUUUUCCAACUAAAAUCAAUCCCGGUGCCGGUAGCAUUUUGCGUUAGGCUCUUUAGCACAUUAAACUGCACCAUAAACACACCGAAUGAUAGCUUGCUGAGUGUCUGGAGUAUUGGAUGAAAGUGGAUCCAUGAGUGACGUCCUUGCCAUACCGUUGCACCGUACAGAAUGCCCGUCGCACACAUGGCACCCCAACAGCAGCGAUGAAUCGCACCAUAGACCGCAUUCCAAAGUAUCGGCUGACUGUAGUCUAAACCAUAGAACAGUGGCGAAAAAAUGGCUUGCAGUAGAACCAUCGUCGGUGGUACCCAUUUCAAGAGCGAUGCAAUUUUUCCACCAGACAGAACAGGAACCGCAGCUGUUCGAUAGCGAUGGUAUGCUAAACCAGCGAAUAGUCCACUGAAGUAGCUGCAGGUGUGCGGAUGCGCUAGCAUGUAGUCAUUUUUAAGGGCCGGAUGAGCGUAAAACACAAACCGUAGUUGCCUGAAGAGGAGUUGAAGUUGUUUAACACUUACAAGAAAUAGUGACCGAAUAUACUUACUUGAAAUUAGUAAGAAUAACUCCCGGCAGUUUGUGAUGAUAAAGAUUAACGAUAGGAGCUCCAAAUGAAAAGAUGGUUGUGACGGUUACAACCGGCCAAAGCAUACGUGGAUGGCGAUUGAUCAGCAACAGUAAGGGAAGUCCAGCAAGAAAGAAUUGAAAAUCGGCUGCCAGGUGCCAUGUUUGUUGCAUACACUUUCAUGAAAAUAAAAUAACAUAAAAAAUA